AUGCGACGCCAACGGGACGCCUACAAAUUGGGUCCCUGGAAGCCUCCGCCCUCGUCUCUCCCUGCUGCCCUCAUUCCUCUCCGCCUUCCCGUCCCGAUUGGUGCCACGUGCCGUCGUCGCUCUCGCCUCCUCUCCACCACCACAGCAUCCGUAGCAGCACCAUCCAUGGAUCUGCCUGCUUACGUUGAGCGCCUCCGUGGCGGCGCCCCGGCCAAGUUCCCGGCCGAUGCCAACUCGCUCCCCUUUGCCCAGACGCUUGACUCGCAAGACGCGCUGCGCCAUCUUCGCUACGAGUUUGUCCUCCCGACCAAGACCUCCAUCAAGAAGACGGCCCUGGACGGCACCCUGCCUUCGACCGCUCAGACCAGGACAAACGGUGCUAGCACCACCAACGGCACCGCCCCGGAAGAGGAUCCCGAUGUCGGCAUCUACUUUGUCGGCAACUCCCUAGGCGCGCAGCCCAAGGCGGUGCGCCGCUACAUUGACGCGCAGCUCGAGACAUGGGCCUCGAUCGGUGUCAACGGCCACUUCAAGACGCUGGAAAACUCGCCCCUCACGCAGUGGCAGGACAUGGCCGAGGCCUGCGCCCAGCAGUCGGCCGACCUUGUCGGCGCCUCCCCCAACGAGAUUGUCAUCAUGAACACGCUCACCGUCAACCUGCACAUGAUGAUGGCUAGCUUCUACAAGCCUGAUGCCAAGCGCCACAAGAUCAUUCUCGAGUGGCGCCCCUUCCCCAGCGACUAUUACGCCAUCGAGAGCCAGAUUGUCUGGCACGGCCUGGACCCCGCGACCAGCAUGGUCAAGAUUGAGCCCGACGCCAACUCGUACAUGUCCACCGAGACCAUCCUGGCCGCCAUUGACGCAAACGCCGAUGACACGGCCCUUCUGCUGCUGCCCGGCAUCCAGUACUACUCGGGCCAGCUGCUCGACAUGCCCACCAUUACCAAGUACGCCCACGCUCGCGGCAUCGUCGUCGGCUGGGACCUCGCCCACGCCGCCGGCAACGUCGAGCUCCGCCUGCACGACUGGGACGUCGACUUCGCCUGCUGGUGCACGUACAAGUACAUCAACGCCGGUCCCGGCGCCAUUGCCGGCGCCUUUGUCCACGAGCGCCACGGCCGCGUCGAGUGGCCCGCUGGACCCGACGCCGCCCCCACGUACCGCCCGCGCCUCACGGGCUGGUACGGCGGCGACAAGUCGGUCCGCUUCAACAUGGACAACAAGUUUGUCCCCACGCCCGGCGCCGGCGGCUACCAGGCCUCGAACCCCUCGGCCCUCGAGCUCGCCAACCUCGCCGGCGCCCUCUCCGUCUUCAACAAGACCACCAUGCGCGACCUGCGCUCCAAGGCCCUCGUCCUUACCGCCUACGCCGAGCACCUCCUCGACGGCAUCCUCGCCGACGCCGAGGGCGACGCCCCGUUCCGUAUCCUCACCCCGCGGGAUCCGCUCCAGCGCGGCACGCAGCUGAGCGUCAUGCUGCGCGACGGCCUGCUGGACGACGUCACGGCCGCGCUGGAGCUCAACGGCGUGCUUUGCGACAAGCGCAAGCCGGGCGUGAUCCGUGUGGCCCCUGUGCCUCUCUAUUCCCGAUUCGAGGAUGUUUGGCGCUUUAUGCAGAUUCUGCGCGGCGCGCUGAAGUUGUAG